GUCUUCCGGUCCAUCACAAAAAUACUUUCCGGCCGAAAUUCAUCCAAAGCUGAAACACAAACGAAUGGGAACUGUAUCAAUGGCGGUGGCCAGCGACGGCACGGAAGGUGGUGGCGUCAGUGGAUCUCAGUUCUUUAUCACGACCGGUGAAAGUUUGGAUUAUUUGGACGGAAAAUACACCGUGUUUGGUGAGGUGGCUGAGGGAUUCGACACUCUAGAUAAAAUAAACAAUGCCUAUUGCGAUGAGACCGGAAGACCUUACAAAGAUAUUAGAAUCAAGCACACCAUCAUACUUGACGAUCCAUUUCCCGAUCCUGAAGGUUUGGAGGUGCCGAGUGAAAGUCCGCGACCCACCGCGGAGAUGUUGGCAACUGUGCGGAUCGGUGAAGAUGAGAACAUUGAACCCGAGCUACCACCUGAAGCGAUGGAGAAAGUUCAACGCCAAAUGGAGGCACAAGCACAGGCUUUGACAUUGGAGAUGAUUGGUGACAUUCCCUUUGCCGAGGUGAAGCCUCCGGAAAAUGUCUUGUUUGUAUGUAAACUUAAUCCCAUUACCAAGGAUGAAGAUCUGGAAUUGAUAUUUUCAAGAUUUGGAUCCAUCAGCAGUUGCGAAGUUAUUCGAGAUAAGAUGACCGGUGAUUCUUUGUGUUAUGCCUUCAUCGAGUUCGACAACAAAGAGGACUGUGAGACUGCUUAUUUCAAAAUGAACAACGUCCUCAUAGAUGAUCGACGCAUCAAGGUUGAUUUUUCCCAAUCGGUUUCGAAGCUUCACAAGGAUUGGAUUGAUUCCAAGAUCAGAAAGCAAGGCGGGAAAGGUUAUGGUGGAUCCGAAAAUUUGGAGAAACGGACGAAAUAUCGCGGUGGGGAUGAUAUCCCGGUUGACAAAUAUGACCUUGUUUUUGAUCACACGGGUGAUUAUGAAAAUGAAAAGAAAAAACACAGCCGAGAGCAUAAAAGCUUUGAUCGUGAAAGGGAAAAGGAGGAUGAUGAUGGGAGAAACGGUAAAAAGGAUAGCAAAGGACGUAGGCGCGACGGUGAUUAUUCCGAGAGAGGUCACGCGCGAAAAAGGUCUAGAUCUUUGAGCCCAAGACGAGAUAGGGAUUACGAUCGAUAUGGCUCAAGGUAUGACAAGUAUGAUGGGCGCGAUAGAAAUCGUGGUAGGGAACACAAACGACACAGGUCCAGAUCAAGGUCUCAUUCAAGAGAUCGAAGAAGAAACAUUCGAAAACAUUAA